GGACAGAUUCAAAGUGAAAGAAAGUCCCAAAAACAAAAACCAACAUUUUUAAAACACAAACCCAUUCGUGUGCGUGCGGCUAAGUUAAAACAUUAAUGGACACUUGUUCAUCACUUUUGCUCUUCUCCUUCCUUCUCUUUGCUAUCAUCAUCGUCAUCAUCUUCAACAAGAUCAACGGUCUUAGAUCAUCCUCAGCUUCGAAGAAAAAACUUAUUGAUCAUGUUAAUACUCACAGCCACGGACAACUCUUUCCACAAGGAAGCUUGGGAUGGCCUGUCAUCGGGGAAACCAUCGAGUUUGUCUCUUCUGCUUACUCAGACCAUCCAGAGAGUUUCAUGGACAAGCGUCGACUUAUGUAUGGGAGAGUGUUCAAGUCGCAUAUAUUUGGAACUGCUACGAUCGUGUCGACGGAUGCAGAUGUUAACAAAACAGUUUUACAAAGCGACCCGACCGCCUUCGUGCCCUUCUACCCGAAAACGGUGAGGGAGCUAAUGGGAAAGUCGUCGAUACUUCUGAUUAACGGGAGUUUACAUAGAAGGUUCCAUGGACUAGUCGGUUCGUUCUUAAAGUCAGCACUUCUCAAAGCUCAAGUUGUCAAAGACAUGCACAAGUUUUUGUCCGAAUCCAUGGAUCAAUGGUCCGAGGACCAACCUGUUCUUCUUCAAGAUGUCUCAAAGACGGUUGCCUUUAAAGUACUUGCAAAGGCAUUGAUAAGUGUAGAGAAAGGAGAAGAGUUAGACGAGUUAAAAAAAGAGUUUGAACAAUUCAUCAAAGGGCUUAUGUCAUUGCCAGUUAACUUCCCUGGAACCCAACUUCACAGAUCUCUCCAAGCUAAAAAGAAAAUGGUGAAGCAAGUUGAAAGAAUCAUAGAAGGCAAAGUUAGGAAAGCAAAAAACAAAGACGAAGAUGGUGUUAUUGCAAAAGAUGUUGUGGAUGUGUUGCUUAAGGACUCAAGUGAAAAUUUAACACACAAUUUGAUUGCUAACAAUAUGGUUGACAUGAUGAUUCCUGGCCACGAUUCUGUACCUGUCCUCAUCACCCUCGCCGUCAAAUUUCUCUCUGAUUCUCCUAGUGCUCUUCAUUUUCUAACGGAAGAAAACAUGGAGCUGAAAAGAUUGAAGGAAUUGACUGGAGAGCCACUAUAUUGGAAUGACUAUUUGUCAUUACCUUUUACACAAAAGGUCAUUACAGAGACACUGAGAAUGGGAAAUGUUAUAAUUGGAGUGAUGCGGAAAGCAAUGAAAGAUGUUGAAAUAAAAGGUCACGUAAUACCAAAAGGAUGGUGCUUCUUGGCUUAUCUCAGAUCAGUCCAUCUUGAUAAACUUUAUUAUGAGUCUCCCUACAAAUUUAAUCCCUGGAGAUGGCAAGAAAGGGACAUGAACACGAGUAGUUUCAGUCCUUUUGGAGGUGGUCAGAGAUUGUGCCCUGGUCUUGAUUUGGCCCGUCUUGAAGCUUCAAUUUUCCUUCACCAUCUUGUCACUCGCUUCAGGAUAUGGUGUGGUAAGGGUGCUCUAGGCUUUAAACAAAGUGGUACGUUAGGACCAAAUAAGUCGCAUCGCUUUUUGACAAGUUGGACUCAAUUCUUAAAAGACAAAAGUGGAAGUGUAUUUUUUUUGAUGGACUACAGAAGAAGAUACAAUUAUCAAUUUUCCUACAGUGCAUAUGAAGAACAAGUUACCCAUCUGGAUCAAACGAAGAUGAUUGUUGUGGAAAACGGAGAAUCAAUUUUGCAUUAUCAAAAGCUAAAAGGUUAAAGAAGCCACGAGUGUUUGUAAGUGGGAGUGAAUGAAAGUGAUAGUGAGACAGAACAGACAACAUGAUGGAGUGUAGAGACAAAAAGGAAUCGCACGUGUAGGAAGCAACAUAACACGUGUUCACUAUUUGUCGUUUUCCGUCAAAAGGCAAAUAAGGACACAAUCACCAAACCUCAUGUUUGUUGAGUUGUCUGCAUGUAGACCCAACGUAGUGCUUAUUUCUAUUGUUGACCAUAACACUUGCUCUGUAGUAAAUGGCGUGUGAUAUUGAUAUAUGUGUACAUGAUGUAGAAUCCUAAUUUCCAUGAACUAUUCCACUUCAUUUGUUAGAUUUCACUA